AUGUCCGCCACGAUGAGAUCGGCCAGACUGGUGCGCAACACGGCUGCGCUGCGGCCUGGUCUGAGCGCCCGCACCCGUCUCGCCAGUGCAUUGGGUCCGGCCUCCGUGGCUGCGGCGAACCACAUUUAUUGGAACGGACGCGGCAUGCCAUCGCAAGUGACUGCUCUCGCCAUUCUCGUUCCUCAGCAGCGAGGAUAUGCGACCGAACAAUCCACAUCCAACACCUCGUCUCAGUCCUACCCUCCCCCCGGAUUCAACACAGAGCAAGCGAAGAAGCCGCUCCCUCAAAGCAACAACCAGCCCUCCAAAGAAACUACUCAAACAGAUGUCGCUAAGUUGGCAGAUGCUUCUCAGGGUAAAACACAAUCCCGCGAAGUAGCGACCAAGGCCGUGACGGAGGAGAAGAAGGUGGCGGAGGGAAAGAAGGAGACCAAGAGUUUGACCAUUGGACAAAAAAUCAAAAAGGAGGCUCAGCACUACUGGGAUGGCACCAAGCUGUUGGCUACAGAAGUCAAGAUUAGUACGCGGCUGGCAUUAAAGAUGGCCGCGGGGUAUGAGCUUAGCCGCAGGGAGCACCGUCAGCUUCAACGUACGGUGAAAGAUCUGGGUCGGCUAGUUCCGUUCUCCGUCUUCCUCAUUGUUCCGUUCGCGGAGCUGCUGCUCCCCGUUGCCCUGAAGCUUUUCCCCAACCUGCUUCCCAGCACUUACGAAGGCCAGAAGUCCCGUGAGACCAAGGCACUGAACCUCAGUUCGACGCGCAAGGAGGUGUCCGGUUUCCUGCGAAACACACUGCGCGAAACUGGCUUGCCCUUGACCGCCGCCACGGUAAAGAAUGAGGAAUUUGCAGACUUCUUCCGCAAGAUCCGCGCCACGGGCGAAUCACCAUCUACCGAGGAUGUCAUCAAGGUCUGCAAGAUCUUCAAGGAUGACCUGACUCUGGACAACUUGUCUCGACCGCAGCUAGUGGGCAUCUGCCGGUACAUGAACCUGAACUCGUUCGGCACCGAUGCCAUGCUCCGGUACAACAUCCGGCACCGCAUGCGCCAGAUCAAGCGGGACGAUCGCGCGAUCAACUAUGAAGGGGUAGACUCGCUCUCCGUGCCCGAGUUGCAAAUGGCCUGCGCUUCUCGUGGUAUCCGCACCCACGGUGUAUCCCCCGCGCGUCUGCGCGAGGACCUCACGAUGUGGCUGGACUUGCGUCUGAACCAGGGUGUUCCGUCUACUCUUUUGGUCUUGAGUAACGCAUACAUGUACACGCAGGGAGGCAAGGAGUCCGAGAUGGCGUCGCAGAUCGACGCUCUCAAGUCGGUUCUGUCCAGUAUCCCCGAGGAGCUGUUCCACGAGAUCGAGCUCGAGGUUCACAACGCCGAGGGUGCGGCGACCAACAAGCAGCGCCUGGAGGUCCUCAAGGAGCAGGAGGAGCUGAUUGAGGAGGAGAACGAGCAGAACAGCGAGAACGAAGGCAAGGCGGUACCCAAGGACAUCGAGGACAUCGAUGACAAGGAGGAGGCCAAGGUCGAUGCUUCUUCGAGCAGUAGCGAGAAGCAGUCCGCCGAGGCCACCGAGGCCCUGUCGGAGGGUGAGAAGGUCGACCAGACCGAAUCCACCGCGCCCAAGGAGGACAAAAGUCGCCCGUAA